AUGGCGACAACAAAUUCACCUGUUGUGGACAACAAGACCACAGACGAUAAUGUUAAACUGUCAGCACAGCAUCUCGAACGCGUGGAAACGGUCGACACAACUCAACCCGAUGUUUCGGACCUCAGCAUUUGGCAGACAAUCAAACAAAAUCCUUUCAUCGUGCUAUGUUGUAUCUAUGCUAAUAUGGGGGCACUGAUGUACGGAUUCGAUAACAUUGCACUUUCACUUUGUUUGAACAUGGUGCCAUUCCAAGCGCAAUUUGGUGAACAAAUAUCCCCUGGUACAUACAUAAUACCUGCUUAUUGGCAAUCAUUGUGGAAUGCCAUGGCACAAGUAUGUACAGGUUUUGGUGCUUGGGGAGCUGCCCCUGUGUCAGAUCGUUUCGGUCGUCGUGUUUCCUUCUGUGUAUCUGGACUCAUCUCAAUUGCCGGGACUGCUGUCAUAUACACAGCCACAACACCUGGAGCUUUUCUCGGAGGCAAAAUGGUGAAUGCUAUUGGACUUGGUAUGGCUUUGACUACCGGUCAAAUCUAUGUAUCAGAAAUUACUCCUCUUAGGAUUCGCGGAGUAGCAUUAUCAGCGUAUGCUUUUAGCAUGAAUUUAGGAUACCUUAUCGCGGCAUCUGUUGCCUUCGAUCGUGUAACAAUCAUGGAUCAGUCUUCAUACAAAGUUCUCUUCGCCUCAAACUGGGUUUGGCCGCUAGUCAUUAUUUUAUUCGCUUUCAUCAUUCCUGAAUCACCCUAUUACCUUGUCCGAAAAGGCAAUUUAUCUUCUGCCACCAAAGCUCUUUCAAAACUUUACAACAAGUCGAUCUCAGUCGAACCCAUUCUCGGUAGUAUGGUCCGAAUUACACGGGAAGAAGAGUUCCAAGCCAACGCCAGUAGCGAAACUUCUUACAUGGACCUUUUUAAAGGUACAAAUUGGCGCAGGACAAGAAUCAUUCUUUACACAAACGGUCUCAAUCAAAUGAUUGGUGCUACUUUCAUCUCUAACGCUCCAUACUUUAUGAUCACAGCCGGCCUUUCUUCAUCUCAAUCUUCAAUGAUGAUUGAAUUGGGUAUUGGUUUUGCGUUGAUUAGUAGUUUCUUUACAUUUUGGUUCAUGACUUUCAUUGGAAGAAGAAAAAUGAUCUUAUCUGGUAUUUCAGUUGCUGUUGUUCUCUUCUUGAUCAUGGGUAUUGCAGCAAGUGUCUCUUCAUCGAAAGCAUCAUCAUGGUGUGUGGGUGUAACACUCCAAAUGGUUUGGUUCACCAUCGGCCCCUCCAUCGGCCCUUCCAUCUCCCUUGCCGGAGAAAUCUCCUCUCUCCGUCUACGAGCUAAAUCCCAAUCCCUCGGUUUCUUUUUCAACUAUUCUUAUUCUACUGUUUGGAAUGUAGCUGUACCAUACAUGUUCAAUGCGACCGAAGGAAAUCUAGGUGGGAAAAUGGGAUGGAUAUUUUUUGCAACAGCUUGUAUUGCAUGGUUUAUUGUGUGGAUAGAGAUACCAGAGACGAAGGAUAGAACAUAUGGAGAGUUAGAUGAGAUGUUCAAUGAGAGAGUGUCAGCGAGGAAGUUUAAGACGUACAGAACAGAGAGAAGAGUAGCAGAUGCAAAAGUCGAAGAUGAGAAUCCCGGGGUGUGA